AUGCUAUCUGGCGACGAAAGUGACUAUCCUAGCUUAAAAAAAUUCGAACUGGACUACGAUGAUGAUUGCUUGUCUCGACAUCAGGAUACAACCGCUCUGUUCACGAAGUUGACGUUUGCUUGGGCUGCCCGAAAGUCGAGGCUCUGGAAAACAAUUCGAUUUAGAGGUACACAAGAAAGAUACGAGCAUUCUAUUGAAGCUUUCAGUGCAAAGGGCGACAGUGAACAGAAGAUACAAAAUAACUUGGUAGCGAGCUUGCUUGUUCAUGAUUCGACGAAUGCUUCGCAGAGGCGAGAUUCUGUCUCAUACAGUGUAGAAAAUGCUUCCACUGAUGCGACCAGAGCUCGCCAUUCACCACUUGACACUGCGUUCAGGAGAGGUUGUAAAUUGCAAGAGUUUUGUUCUCCGGCAGAGAAGAGGCCUGCUGCAAUUAAACUUACUGUUGAUGAGGAGCUGUACAAGGUUAGCCUUCAAGUGAACGCUACACCUAUGAACUCUGACUCGGACUCUGGUGACAUGGAAGCAAUUAUGUUGAAUAAAACAGGAGGAGUUCAAGGAGACCUGCACGUAGAAGUGCCAGGUAAAUCGAAGCCUGCAGCGAGUUCAGCUGAAGAAAUAAUCGCCCGGCAGCACCGCAACAGAUUCGCGCGCGAAGCUAGCAUGGCGAUCACAGCAGCUGAACGUUGGAUAUCUGUGGAGCAUGCUGUGCGCCGUACAAUUGCAGCUGGUCGGAUUGUACGCGCUAUGAUCAAAUAUCAAAAAGGUAGGUUGCAUGCAAAACUUAAACCGACUCCAGUGGAGCUUGUUAACAGAAUGUUACCAGAAGCUAACUUAGCGCAAAGCACUGGAUCGGCGGCAGGUAUACAUUCUGCUCAAGAAGGAUGGACAGCUACUGUCAUUGAGCCUGUAACCGACCUCUACAAAGCUGAGACACCUGACGAGGAAAUCGGGCUUGAGGUCAGCCAAUCUGCGGUGCGACGCUCCGGAGCUUUAGUAGUGGACGAUACACUGACAUUCACUACGGUCUUACGUCAACGUGCGCAGAUGGUUUCAGACAAGGUUUGCAGAUUUGAGAUAGGUGAAGAGCCUUCGCAUAGGCUACAGUUACUGUGCACUGCAGCAGCGAUUUCUGGUGUUUUCGAGGCUGACAUCGCUAGUGCAGUGACUAUGGCAAGGGCCCGCGACAAGGCAACCCGUGCGCGCCUCAGUGCUAAUACUUUCUGGAUGAAAGGUGACCUUCGUCACAAGUUUGUUAUGGACAGGUCGCAUUUUCUUGCUCUCGGGUUCAUCGAGGAUGUAGCUGCUGCAGAGUCCAGCAUGUCCGAGCUUGAGUGCAUCGCAAACACGACUCUGUCACGUGCACUGCUCUCUGGCUCGAUAGACAAUGUUUUCGACACAAAACGUUUCUCGGGUAAUUUGAGUCUGAGCGAGGAACGCGCUGUUGCAGACGCUGACAUACAGUGGUGUUCUGAGUUCGCGUUUGGAAAGUUUAACACAGCAACAGCGAUUGGCAAAGCCCAGGAAUUCGUAUCAGCGGUGACAAGAAUUGUUCGCAUGUGCAACAUGGGCAUGAAGGAUAGUACGGUCAUGAACUUUACUGGGUUCAUACCGGAACCCAAGAAUUCAAACUUUAAGUUGUUAACCUUGGGCCAAAUCGCAAAAUACGAUUUUGAGAGGCUAAUGUUGACAGCCGACACUGCCCUUCAAGCGUUCAUAAAAAGUUGUCCGCGUGAGGUAACUGAUGUGGCCACAGCUGAUGCGGCUUUUGUUGCCACGACGGCAGCUUUGUUCGGAGCAAAGGCAUUUUGGGGGCAUCGCAUACAGGAGGCAAGAACGCAUAUAGGAACAGCUAUCAUUUUUCAUUUGCUACAAUUCGAAUCAGGAAAGGAAAGAGCGAGGAAAGCUCGUGCUGAGCUGGACAAUGCUGCGGAAAUAGUUGCAGCCCUUGGACCAAAACAUGAAGUGGCAGCACACACCAAUCGAAAGAUGCUAUCAUGGGCACGUUGGCUACUCACAGUCACUGCAAAAGAAUCAAUAUUGCUGCAAUUGAAUCAGCAAGCAGCACAAGUGUACCACGCUUCUUCGACAAUUCAAGUCGCUUGGCGUGCGGUACGGCACCGAGAUCGUCGCGUGUGUGGGCAGAGAGCUGCAUCGGCCAGGCUGAUACACAUGGUCUGGCGAACACCUCAGAGGCGUCUGUUCCCGCAAUUGGGGUUGCGACUAUUUCCUAGCAACGCAGGGAAUAUGCUAGUCUGUGACGGGACAGCAAGCGAUGUCGAUACAUAUCGAAGACAUCCUGGUAGUAUUACAACCCACUCUGUGAUUGCUUCAGCUGUUUUUAUACAGUCAGCUUGGCGGGUAAGGUUAGCUCGACAGCGUUUGGCCCAUGCCAAGCACAUGGUCCAGUGUAGUUUCGAAGAUAUGACCAAUGAAAGCUUCAUGGGCGUGAACAAGUCCUAUUACAGCCCUCCUUUCGACCUCGAUCUCGACAUGGACGACAAUAUGUUCGGUCGAACUGCGUCUUAA